UUAUGUGGUACACGUAGUAUCGUAGUAGUCGCCGAACUUCUCUCUGCUACAUCUUUCUCUCUCCUCUCUGUCUUCUCUCUCCAAUGAUCUGUGCUCUGCUAAUUUCUCUCCAUUCUCGAUUUUCUCUCUCCUCUAAAAGCCUCUUUUUCAAUUUCUCCGAUCUCUUCUCUCUCCUUUUAUAAUCUCUCUACGAAGAUAAAAAUUCAAAAAAAAUUAUCGAAGUUUCCAUUAAUGGAGCUUUGUUGCUUGCUUCUUUAAUUCAAUUUUAUUGCUUUAUUUAUUUAUUUGUUAUUAUUGUGAUUUCAUUUGAACAUUGUUUGAUAUAUAUAUAGUUCUGUAAAUUCAUAGUGAAUUUGAGUUUGUAUUUUGAUUUUUUUUGUAAUUGUAUGCUCAACUGAGUUGACCCGGGCCUGAGUUGGCUCAGGAUCGGGAAAUUAACGAAGUCAUGGUGUUGGAAAACAGCAAUUGUGGUGAUUACGAGAAUUUGAGCAAUACGAGAAACGCAAUGAUUGGUGGAAGUGAAGUGGAGGAGGAUGAACAACAAUUGGAAACUUCACCUCGUUAUCUCGCCAAAUUUAAACUCUAUGAAACUCGCGCGAACUUUUACAUGGUGGGAAGAGAUAAAAGUAAGAUGUAUUGGAGAGUACUGAAGAUUGAUAGAUCAGCGAUUUCUAAUCUUGAUGUUUUCGAAGACCCAACAGUAUACUCAUAUCGUGAGUGUACUGCCCUACUGAAACGGAUAGAUGAAGGAAAUAAGCAUACUGGUGGACUGAAGGUUGUCAGUACCUGUUACGGGAUUGUGGGUUUCGUUAAAUUCUUGGGACCAUAUUAUAUGCUUGUUAUUACAGAGAGGAAGAAAGUGGGGAUGAUUUGCGGCCAUGCAAUAUAUGCCGUGUCAAAGAGCAAAAUGAUACCAAUCCCUUAUCCUCCUGUGCGAUCCAAUUCGAAUAAUUCUAAGAAUGAAAUCAGAUACAAGAAGCUCCUAUGCACAGUGGACAUUACGAAGGACUUCUUUUUCAGCUACUCCUACCGUAUUAUGCAUAGUCUCCAAAAGAACUUAUGUGAUGAGGAGAAUAAAUUAGUCCCGUACGAAACAAUGUUUGUCUGGAAUGCAUUCUUGACUCGGGAGAUUCGAACUCUUCUUGGGAAUUCCCUUUGGACAGUGGCACUGAUACAUGGUUUCUUCAGACAGGUUAAAUUUCUAAGGUGUGGUCGGACAGUCAACUUGACUGUUAUUGCAAGAAGAUCUCGCCACUAUGCUGGAACUAGGUACUUGAAACGAGGCAUUAAUGAGAAAGGUCGAGCUGCCAAUGAUGUUGAGACAGAGCAAAUUGUGUUUGAAGAAAAUCAUAGUGCAUGUGUCUCAGAAAUCAGUUCUGUUGUGCAAAUUAGGGGCUCGAUUCCGCUUCUUUGGUCACAAGAAACUUCAAGAUUGAAUCUAAGACCCGACAUUAUAUUGUCAAAGGAGGAUCCCCAAUAUGAGGCAACAAGAAGACAUUUUCAGAAUCUUGUAGAUAGAUAUGGUAAUCCGAUAUACAUAUUAAAUCUGAUCAAGACUAAGGAGAAGAAACCUCGUGAAUCUGUACUCCAUGCGGAAUUCGUUAAGGCAGUUGCUUCCAUCAAUAAGACUUUGGAUAAGGCAAAUCGCUUGAAAUUCCGGACAGUGGACCUCACAAGAUUGUAUCACAUCAAAGGUGAUAAGGUGUUGAUGCUCCUAACUAAAGUAGCUGGGAAUGCAUUGGAUCAAACUGGAUUCUUUUAUUGCCAAGUUCCCCCACUUGCGAAUUCUGAAUUGUCAUCUGGCUUGUCCUAUGGUGCUACAGAGCAUGAGAAUAUGAGUGACAUUGGAGAAUAUUCUUUUUCAAAGAAUCCAAGGUUGCAAAGUGGAGUGUUGAGGACUAAUUGCAUUGAUUGUCUAGACCGCACAAAUGCUGCCCAAUAUGCAUAUGGUUUGAUUGCUCUAGGUCAUCAAUUACAUGCCAUUGGUGUCCAUCCCACCCCGAAAAUUGAUGUUGAUGAUACUUUGGCUAAGAUGUUGAUGGGGCUCUAUGAGGCCAUGGGUGAUACACUUGCAUUACAGUAUGGAGGCUCUGCAGCGCACAAUAAGAUAUUCUCCGAUCGAAAAGGUCAUUGGAAAGCAGCAACACAGUCCCAAGAGUUUAUCAGGACGUUGCAGCGUUACUUGAACAAUGCAUACAUGGAUCCUGAAAAGCAAGAUGCCAUAAAUUUGUUCUUAGGCCAUUUCCAAGCAGAACCGGGUAAACCAGCAUUAUGGGAACUUGAUUCAGAUCAGCAUUAUGGUAUUGGAAGGCUUACAUCAUCCUUGACAGAUGACAUUACAAGGUCAUUUCUGAAGAGGUCUAUGUCAGACGGAGUUCUUAUGUAUGAGAGUCCUUCGCCUACAACACCAGCUGAUACUCGUGACCAUCACCAUACUUUACCUGAGUUAAAAGAAGACAAGAGUGGUCUGUCUGACUCGACGCCUGAGAUUCUAACAUGUGAAACUAAUAUAUCUUUUUCAAGGAUUACCCCAUCCAUGUCACCCCACCAGCUUUUCACUGAUAUGCCAGCGGCCCAAUAUCUAAGAGGUGAAUGUAGUAGUUGUUACCAGGAACAUGGAAAUGAAUUUGAUUGCUCAGAUAUUCUUGAUCUAGAUUGGAUUUCUUCAUCGGGAAAUUCAUGUGAGGAGGAGACAUAUGAUAAAUCUUCACUUCUGAAUUCUCCAAAUGCUAGUUCCUUGUAUGGCAGCGCUGUAAAUGAUACACCGGAGGGAAGAAGGCCAGUUGCAUCACAUAUACCUGCAGAUUUUUCUGAUAGCUUUAAACAGUGGGUCGAAUAUGGAGCAACCUUAGCUUAGUCUUCACCACAAACUGCACAGAUUAUAUCUCAAGCAUUUUUGAACCAACCUCUCCGAAGGAUGUGGGUUGUGCAACAGAAUAAAUAUGAAAAAUUGAAAAAAGAAGAGGUCUUGGCAUUCAUACCAUUUUAAAGAAAUCGACAGAGAAACUACCAAGGGUAGACGUUGACAGCUAAUUCAACUAAUUUCUUUUUUGUGGAGGUCGUGUUUCUCCACUUGAAACUAAUGAAGUAUAUAGAUGUAUAAAAUCAAAAUGCAGUAGUCACUCAUUCAUGUAAAUAUUUGAUUCAACAAAUUUUUGUUUGCCUGCACCAGCUACUUUUUGAUGGGGUAUUAUAGCCUUAUAGGCUCUCUCCCAUUCCUUAUAUAUAUCAUCAUCGCCGAAUAAAACAUCUGUUAUUGUUCUUGUGUAA